AGCCAUCCAAGGCCUGCUUUUGGCACAUGGAAACAGACGAUAGUCAGCGACACAGGGAUACGGUGGGAACAGAUAUUGGUGAAAAUAGUGGCCUACGCCAGCGACAAGCAAAGCGGAACGAGGACGCUGGUGGCCCUUGGUUGGCUUCAAAGACUGGACAGCCACACGACAUAGAGCUUGAAGAACGAACUACGGCUACGGAUAACGACUUCGAAGCAAUUCAAGAGGUCAACCAUGUGGAGGAGGACGUUGUUGCAGAUGAGAGUAACCCAGAGGAUGAGAAGCCGGAAGACAACGAUGAAGUGGGGACCGCGUCCGCUGCUCCCGGGGGGUCAACCGUCACAGACGAGAAACUGUGCCGAAUAUGCUACAGUCCUGCUGAAGAUGCAGACGCAGCAGAGUUGGGGCGAUUGAUAUCGCCCUGUAAAUGCAAAGGGACCAUGAAGUAUGUCCAUAUAGGAUGUUUGAACGAGUGGCGAAAAGUUAGCAGGAAUAGACAAAGCUUCUAUGAAUGUGAUCAUUGCCAUUAUCGGUAUAACUUUCGGAGAACAGCUUGGGCGAAAGUUGUAGUUAAUGAAGGGGUCGUGACGCUACUCACGCUGAUAAUAUUCUUCCUUGGCGUCGUGGUUGCUGGUUUUCUCAUGAAACUCUUCUUGUUGUACUACGUCCCGUACCCAGAUGUCGACGACCUGGACGACGAAGACCUUGUGUUCUUCCUCCGCCCAUCAUCAAUAUCACUCUGGACGAUUGAUAUACCACACUUGCUCACGGGGCUAGUGCUUGUGGGUUUACUCGGGUUCUUUCAAAUUGUGCUAACAUUCUUGACCGGCCCUUGGGGAGGUGUACCACGCAUCCGGACUAAUCGCGGAGAUCAGUCACCCUCCAUCGUUUUGAUGAUUUUAGUCGCUAUUGGGGUCAUCAAAACAAUGUGGACAAUCUACAAGAGUGUAAGACGGUGGAGUCGGCAACGGCUGGAAAUCGUGGAGACAGCCAUAUUAGAUGUUAAUGAGUGAUGGGAGUGUUGGGAUGGGAAUGCGGUUGAUAUUUGAGGAAGUAGGUUUACCCAUGCUGUCAAUAGCAGGUCAUAGACAGGAAUGUAGCGGAAUGUGAUGGAAUUGUAGGCAAUAUUGAAGUGACUACACUUCUCCAAUGAAAUUGCGGAGAGCCCUUUGAGACAUGA